ACUAACAAACUAAAUUGUGCUCUUCCUUUUCGUGUAUCAUUCAAUGAGCAGCAUCCCGUUAGGCGUGUGAUGACACAAUCUGCGUGUAUAGGUUUCAGUUGCUAUAGGCUAGGUCUAACCCUGGUUAGACUCGGGGUGUAGUUGUGGUUAAGCGGUGCAGUCAUGAAGUGUGGCCUUGGACUUCUGAUCCUCUUUGUUCUCUUCAAAUAUGGUUCAACAAUAAUGUGUUACGAAUGCAAUAGUGCAAUAAAUGCGUUAUGCUCGAAAGCCAUCUUGCCGGACAGCUUGAAACGGAACUGCUCAGCCCAUGACCGAGGAGUAUCGCACACUCUGUGCAGGAAGAUAAUACAGCACGUUGACUACGAUGUGAACGGCCACCUGCCUGAGAGCCGGGUCAUCAGGGCAUGCGGAUGGGAUGACACUAAGUAUAAGGGUGUGUGCUACCAUCGCUCUGGUUAUGGCGGUCGCCAGGAGGUGUGCUCGUGUACAACCGACUUCUGCAAUGGAGGGAAAGAUAUAAGACCACAGCAUCUUACUUUCUGUGUAGUCAUUAUCUACAUCUGUAAAACAUUUUACAAUAUACUUUAAAGAAAAUUAGAUACGUAAUUCACAAACAGAAGUGUAAUAAAAUGUAUUGAAAUUAUAGCAAAGAAAUACAAGACUUAUUACUUUUAGUGUUUCUUGAUUUCUUCUCAGAAAUUGAAAAUACUUUACAAAUGAUUAAAUUAGCGUGACUAAAUAAUCAAA